GUGAACUUGAACAGCGACGGGCACACGGGUACAGCAUUGACGACAGUCAAGUCACACAUCACUGCUGUUGUAUGAGAUUUUUAGUGUCAGUUUAGUUUUACGGGAUCAUCUCUCACGAUGUCCAGGCGCAAACUCGGCAGUAGACCGCAACACCUGAGGGCAAUGCAAGAUUCCACAGAUGCUCCAGAGUCCACAGUCAUAUCCACCUCAUCACCAUCACCUGAGCGAACGUCUCAGCCUGAGGUUGGUAGUCGUGACCUGUUGACUUGUGGCCAGUGUGGUCAGGCGUUCCCUCUGGCCCACAUCCUCACCUUUAUUCAGCACAAACAGGGUGGAUGCGGUAGUGCCAGGGCCCAGCUUCAGGGCCACACCCCUCCCUCUCCAGCUAAUCAAACGCUCCGAUGUGGCCAGGAAACGCAGGUGGAGGCAGGCUAUGUGGAGCUCCGACGGAUGACGGACAGGAGAUGUGAGCCAGGUGUGAGGGUGGAUGCUAACAGAGCUGAGGAGCCAUCUAAUUUCACCUGCCAGGUGUGUCAGUGUGUAUUCUCCAGUGCAUGGGCUCUCCUCCAGCAUGCUCAGAGCACACAUUCUCUCAACAUUUACCAAGUGGAGGAUGACAGUCAUGCACGGACAUCAAAACCAGCAGCCAUGAUGGAUCCACGUCACCUGGGUGCUGCACUAGCCUCUGCAUUCCAAUCAUCCUCUCAGUGGUCAGCCCGCCCUCACAAGCAUUACAGCUCCACCCCUUCAUCAGGUGCACAGGACCUGCAUGGGCUGAAGUUCUCCAUGUGUUUGCAGCGGUUGGCAGAGGUCAGCUACAGCAAUGGAGGAGUGGUACCCUCUCCGUCUCCCUCUCCACCAGCUGCUUUGCCUUUUCCACACUCCACUCCACCACACCACACAGCCUUCUUCUGUGAGGUGUGCAGCCAGGGCUUUCAGUCUCUGCGCAGCCUGUCUGCCCAUCGUCGCACUCACGCCUGUGAUAGACCCUAUCAUUGUGGCCUGUGCCAGCUCACUUUUGCCCAGAGCGGGGAACUGGCACGUCACAUGAGGAGCCACCGCCGCCCUGCUGGACAGGAAAUGUCUGAUCCCACCCCUGCCAGUACUGAUGAGGACAGAAAGCUUUCUGCACAGGGAGAUAAUGAUAUUUCCAAUGUUGUGGGGCAUCAAGUAGCUGGCAUGGAGGCAGGGAAGCACCCAGCAGGUAACAACUUGAUCUUAAUGUCCUCACAGUCCAGGGUUCCAGAUCGUAAUCUGUUGCGGUACUGUCAGCCUCAGAGAGAUGCAGAUGAAGAAGGUCAUGGUGAACCCCAGCAGCCAUCUCCAUUUGGCAGCCCCUCGGAGGGCUCUCUGGAGAGUGGCGAUACAGGUGGAAGUGGGGAGAGUGGGAUCGCCAGUGGCAACUGCACACCAAAGCGUCCAGAGCGAGAAGAUCGUCCUCAAGGUGAGUGGGAAACCGACAGAGAGGUGGAGGCUGUGGAAAUGGUCCAGGAUUGGCAACGAGAGAACGAAAGGAGGAAGGUCACUAUUGUUGGGGGUAAGAAGAAGAAAGAAGAAGCCUGUGAGUUUUGCGGGAAGUGUUUCCGUAACAGCAGCAACUUGACAGUGCACCGACGCAGCCACACAGGUGAGAGGCCAUAUCGAUGUGGCCUGUGCAGCUAUGCUUGCGCACAGAGCAGCAAGCUUACAAGGCACAUGAAGACGCAUGGUGCACGUGGGCUACGCGCCGCCUUCCAGUGCCAGUUGUGUUCAGUCCCUUUUACUGUCUAUGCCACACUGGAGAAGCACCUGAAGAAGGUCCAUGGACUCACCCACGCUAGUGCUGGGGCCUACAGCCAAAGCCCAAUUGCUGAUUACAGCAUCAGAAUAGAGGAAGACUCCAUCAGUGAUAAAUCAGCGGUUUCAAUUACAACCCUCACAGAAUCCAAUGUGGACAUAUCAGAGAACCUGCAAGAGGAGGCCAGUGUUGAUCUUGAUGAGCCACCUACCUCUGAAGAAACCAGCAGUAUUGUAGCGCUGGGUCAAACCACAGUAUAAAAAUAGCGAUACUUCUGACCCCUGGCUCGGUGUGUGCAUUCUGUUAAACAUCAUUGAAGACCUCACCUGCCUUUACCACAGUACUUAGCUGCCUAGCUCUAAAGCACAUACUGUAGCUGAUACUGACUAAGACAUGUAAGAGUCAUAUCAGUAUAUGUUUAAGUGCCUAAAAUACAUAUAUAUAUAUAUAUAUAAUUUGUUCUAUCCUGACAUGCAAUAUUUGAGGACUUCUAAACUAGAGAACAUGAGUGAGGCCCAAUAAUUUUUGUCAAGACUGUAAUCAGCACUUCCUCCUAGAGCAGAAACCCAGAACUUUACUGCAGACACAGACUUGUAGAAUAGGUCAAGAGUAGCCUAUAUGGAGAUGUUGCUAGGUCAUUUGAGCAUUUUGCCGGGUUCUUAAAUGCAAUCAUAUAGGAAUAUUGGCAAGACUGAGUGGCAAUUACCUGCAGGUGAUCUGUUUAUAUGAUUUUGAAUUUUAAAAUACAAUUACUAAAGUGGACACUUUGUGUUUACUGUUGUGGCACUCUACCACAGAGCCUUAAAGGUUCACGUUUUAUAAAAUUGGUGUAUGAUAAAUUCAUACUGUCAAAGGGGGGUGGGUGGCAUAUGGAAGGUGUAUAUAUCGGGUGUAUCAUAUGUCUUGCACAAAUGACAAUAGACACUGAAAUACAGAUUUGCGGGAAGCUUUUGUUUUCCCAACUCUCUCUGACAGGGUUAUGUUUCCAUUUUUUGUGCUUUUUGAUAGUGUUUAUUAUACUGAUUGGGUCUGUGGCAAUAUAUAUUCGCUGUAGUUAAAGAGAAUGUUGUUUGCCAUUUAGUUCAGCAAGAUGUCAAGAGUUUUGUAAAUAUCUAUCUAUAUAUAUAUUAGUUUGUGCAGACAUUUUGCUACAUAUUUCACAAAACAAUAUUUCAUGGGUAUUGGUUUCUAUAGCCACUCUACUGUGCAAAAAAAACAUACGUUUCAUUUUGUAAGCCUGUUUAGUCUGUUUACAGACAAUUGUCGUACUGCCCAAACACAUACAAAUGCUAUGAAAAGUUCUGUUCAUUUAUUUGCCCAUUUGUCAAUGGGGUCUCAAGACCAAUGCAUGUUUCAUAGUUGUGCAAAUGAAAUGCCUUGUUUCUGUUAAAAGUAUGGUAGGGAACUUCAGCACUGACCUGUUGUAUGGUUGACCAGCAAAAGAGUUUGUGUGUCCAGAUAUAUGAUACAUUUAUACAGGGAAAGUUUGCUUUGUUACAGUUUUUAUAAUUACUGAUGUCUGUACUCUGGCAGGGAACAGUUAUGUUACAGUUUAUUUUUUGUGUAAAAAAAAAAAAUAUAGUAGAUUAGGUAAUCAAAUGACAUAAAUGGGAAUUUUGUAUUGACAAAUGUGAAACAUAGUUGGACAUGCAGUCGUGUCCAUCUCUUCAGGGAGCAGUUAGUUGUGAACACAAAGCUCUUUUUCCCUCUGUGACUAUCAUGUAUAUGGUUGUAAUAAUUUUCUGUUAAUUCAAAUGUCCUGUCUUAUGUGAUUCUCUGUGUAGCCCACACAACAUUGCUAUCUUGUAAACUUGCAUAAUAUUGUUAUUAUCUAUGCCUAUUUGGAUGAUAAUUAAAAGACUGAG